AUGCCAAGUGCUGAUGAUGUAUUUCGACAGUUCGAAAUUGAAUUAGAUGCAGGUCAUGAACCAAUCUUUCAUGGUGAUGAAUUGAUAACUGGUAAACUACGAAUUGAACUGAAGAGACCAAUGACCAUACAAGCCAUCAAAUUACAAUUUAAAGGUCGUGCUGCAUGUAUAAAAAGAGAUUCCUCAAAAAGAGCCGAAGUUGAAAAGGUGUAUUUUGAUAGAGAUUUUACAUUAUUAGAAAGACCACCUGGUCGACCUGAACCAGGACAUUUCCCAUGGAUUGCCAAUUUCUUAUAUUGUCUGCCAUUUGAAUGUCCGUUACCACUGGGUUGUCCAACUUCAUAUGAAAGCCCUCAUGGAUUUAUUCGGUAUUUCAUUCGAGCUACUCUUAUCGAAGAAGCUGGAUCUGAUUCGCGCGAAUAUAUCGCUAAAAAGCCGAUCUCAGUGAUUGCACCCAUGGAAUCGUUUAUGGAAUCAGCUGCACAACCAAUUGGUACCUCUGAAACAGUAUCAUUUGGUGGUUGUUGUUGUCGUGGAAAAUUGAUCGCUGAAGUACGUUUACCAAAAUCUGCCUAUGCACCAGGUGAAACAGUUAUUGGUUCUAUCAAAAUUGAUAAUCGACAUCCAAGGCAUAUCGUUGACCAGAUGGAACUUCGUUUAGUGGAUCGUGUGCAAUGUGUUGAUUCUAAGAAUAAUAGUACACUACCAAAUCGGACGUUGAUUAUACGUCGGCUGGAGAAACACGAUGCUGUUAAAUCAAAAAGUAUGCUGCAGAAAGAUGAAGUGUUUUUCUUGCAAAUCCCUGCUUUAGCACCAACUAUAGGGACAAAAUUACAUAAAUCUAGUGUCACUAAUAAUACUACAACGACGGAUAUUGAUGUCACAGUGACGCCAGAUCAGCCAGUAUCAAAUCCCAAAUUCCUAAUUGAAUUUCCAGAAUCUCCAAGCAGUGCAACUUUGAGAUUCCGAAAGAAACCCUUCUUGCGGAUUGAAUACGCCAUACAAUUAUCGCUUGGUGAUUACUUGUUGUUGGAAUUGCCGAUAACAAUUUUACCAUUGCCAUGUCGCGCUAGCAAUAUCAGUUAUCAGCCAUUUGUGGGUGGCGCACAACCAAUACCAGAAAGUGAUGAAUCAGGAAAAUUCAUUUAUGGUGAUGGUUUCAUGUUUACUCCCCAAUAUAGUGUACUGAUUCCAUCUGCCAGUAAUUAUUCAUCCAAAGAUGGUGUUAUUGGAAAUUCAGCAACAGCAGCGGUGAUAGCAAAUGUAUCACAUUCAAACGGUAACACCGAGAAUGGUAGCAAGAGAUGA